AUGGAGCUGCCACCGGACGGGGUCUGCGACUUCAUAUUCUACGACUCGCUGAGGGAGCCCUUCGACAAACUGGGUCGACCAUCCCGGGGAAAGUUCAAGACUUUUCAGACGAUUGCGGCCGCGGCAAAGCAGUCGCAGUUUGGCGUCUCGAUAUCUGCCUUGGACAUCGGCCAAUUUUUGGCCCACCUUCACAAGCCGACCGCAACAGCGUGGGCAAAUGAAAAACUAUGGAAGUUCAAAAUCCACCACUGGGGCAAAGCUGCUGACAUAUCCAAGCCAUCUGCUACGAAGAGAGUUGCGUCAUACACCUUCCUCGGCUACUACGGUAAAAAGCAAGUUGCCUGCGAGGAGGCGGCACAGCACCUUCAAUCAAUCUACACACCUCAUGUUGUGGUGUUCCUGGGGCACAUAUCUUUUAAAGAAGACGAGAUCGCAACUGAAGUGCCCAAUUUCGUAUGCAUAAUAGUGCCGCCAAGUAUCUACGAAAUUCCACCAAGUGUCAAGGCUAAGUUGGUCUAUGGGCACACUUAUGAGGCGGCCACCAGUAUGGUGACCUGCAUCAGCCAAAAAGGAAUCAACCCUCCGCCCGUCUACGCCAUUUCGGUCACCUUGAAAGGCCGCUGGUACACGCCCAAGGUGGACGACAUCGGCGAACAGAAAAUCGGCGCCUACGGUGUGUUCGAGCAGUGCGAAAGCUUCCGCGAAUACACGAUUCCUCAACUGGUGAGCACCAUGAUGCAGGACUAG